GGUGGAAAACAUCUGUUUGUUUCUUUUUACCAUGGACAGGAAAAAUUGUAUGGUAUCAAAAUCGCACUAUAUGGUGUGUACAGGGCCUAAAGAAGUAAUGUUUGUUAGCAAUCCUGUCAUACAUGUGUGCCCGGUGCAGCCCUCUAUGUGCGGAUACCAGGUGAUGGAUCCUGAUCAAUUCCAUCCCUACUGGGCUCCAGCAUCACGCCACUCGGGUCACCACACAUUCAUCUUGCACAUGCAUGCCACUCCUCCGGGUGUCUUGCACACCCCCCCUUAGGCGCGGCCCCUUUAAGACAGUCUCAGCCCUCGGGCGUCGUCACGUGACGGGUCUUUGUCCGAACAUUCGGGCGACGGAAACAACACCGGAGAAACCAAAAGCGGGUGUGAAGGCAAACGAAGGAAACACCCGAAAGGGGGUGGUGUCUUCGGUAUGUAUAACUGCGCGCUGCCGGAAUACCGCAGCCAGGAGGAUAGUGUGCACCGACUCAGGUGACCCGGGUCCGGGCGGGGUAUGGGAAUGGCAGCUAAAUUCUCAGCACGACUAUCGCUGCAUCACUAAGGGAACCGGCGACGAGCUUGAGGAUAGACCGGAGACGUGCACGGGUGACUUCGGUUUUCGGGUCACGAAUCACAGAAAAUGGUGGUGCUGAUAUAAGAAAGGCGAGGAGAGGAUAUUAAAUACGGCCUGCAUAGAAAGGGUGCCUCCAGCUGUUGCAAAACUACAACUCCCAGCAUGCCCAUGCGCAAAUCCUGCAAAACAACGGAAACCUGACUGAUCCUAUUCAAAUCCUUAUCUCCUCCAUGAGUUAUUUAUAGCUCACCAGCCUUUUACUCUGCUAUACAGUGUACUGGGAAGAAUGGAUUUCUCCUCUCAUCAUAUUCGACUCCUGCAGCAGUUGGAUGAACAGAGAAAAAAAGACCUGUUUUGUGACUGUCACAUCGUGGUAGAAGGCCAGAUGUUCAAGGCUCAUAGAAAUGUCCUGUUUGCCAGCAGUGGGUACUUUAAAAUGCUGCUGUCUCAGAGUUGCAAGGAUGUGAGCAAGCCUACCACCGCUACCUUUGAUGUCUUCUCCGCUGACACUUUCACUGCCAUCCUAGAUUUUGUGUAUUCUGGCAAAUUACCCCUGUCUGGGCAGAAUGUCAUUGAAGUUAUGUCAGCAGCUAGUUAUUUGCAAAUGACUGAUGUCAUCAGUGUCUGCAAAAUGUUUAUCAAAUCCUCCCUGGACAUCAAUGAAAAGGAAAGGGAUGGCUUCUUUAGCUUGUCCGAUAAAGACAAUGGCAGCAAUGGCACUGGACUUUAUGCAGCUGGGUGGAGGACUGAAAAUAGCCCAACACACUCUCAUGAAACAGCAGAACAUAGCGGUUUCAUUGCUGGAUACAAUUACCCCCCUCCUAUCAACCCACGGUUGCAACGACCUCUCUCUAAACAUUCCCGUAAGCCUGAGCACGUUCGCAAGCAUCGUAGACGGUUAAUGCCCGAACCCCUAAAUCCUACAUGCAUUACAUCAGUACCAUUAGGUGACCUAGUGGGUGGUUCUGCAGAAUGUAUAGUCCAUGAUGACGACAAUACAAUGCAGGAUGAUGACCCACAAUCACAUGAAGAAUUGUUGUGCCCAAAACCUGAAGAAGAGGAAGAAGGUGAUACUGCUCAAAGCUGGCCAGAGUCACCACAGCAUGUAGAUUCUGGAGACCAGGACGGGGCUCCGCGUAUCUCCAAGGCAGAUGAAUUGUACAAAGCAAUGCCCACCAUCUUGGGUGUUAUGUCUGGUUGGAGCGAAGAUGACCUGAGUCCUGUGAGGUUUAAAUGUCCGUUUUGUACACACACUGUCAAGCGCAAAGCUGAUCUUAAGCGUCAUCUGCGCUGUCACACAGGAGAGCGGCCAUAUCCUUGUGAGGCCUGUGGGAAGAGGUUCACACGUUUGGAGCAUCUCCGCAACCAUUUCCAAACUAUCCAUGAAGCUGGCAAGCUCAUCUGUAGACGAUGCAAAUUACCGGUUACAGAGGUCACAGGUCGAGUGAUUCAAGAUGGGACAAGAAGAUAUCGCCUGUGUCAUCCUUGUCUUUCAGAAGCAGGUUUGGAUAAUGUCAACUUUGAUUUUGGGGAUGACCAGCCCCUAGUACUGCCACCUGAAAACGAGCGGGAGCAGAGUUGGAACUUCAAGGACGAUUCUAAAGAAGAGAAUAGUAGAGACCGGCCAGAGUCAGACCUUGUAAUCCAAGAAGUAGAGGACAGUGAGGAGGAAGAUUCAAAAUCCAGAAUAAAGUGAAUAUAUAUUUAAAAAAACAACUCCAAAGAACUUACAUUGGUUUUCUCCUCUUCGCCAUCACAAAUCUAAGUGUUAUGGCAUUAACACCUAUUAAGUGUUGUAUUAUCAAUGUCCAUGGUUGUUUUUAUGAAUUAGAGUAUUUGUGCAUCAAUCCAACACUCUUUAGUAGCAGCUGUAUCAUAUGUUGGAGAAUGACACCAUUACUAUGGCAGGAUCCCAGUUUUCCACUUGGAUGUUACAGUUUGGUGGUAAUGGCUAGUCCAUUUCCUUUCAUGUAAAUAUGUGAUCAUAAUCCCCUCCCCCUGAACACCACUCCUGGCACUAUGUGAAAUAUUCCUCUGUAUGUUAUAUAUUUCCGAACGUGUAAUUGUAAUGAAGGAUUAUAAUUUUUAUAAACA